CGCACACACAUACACCAGCUGCAGCGCGUGCGUGCAAGAUGUUGCAGACUCGUGACUCUCGGAGAAGAAAAAGAAUCAGUCAGCGAUAUUUUAUGAUUGUUUUAUUGGAUCAAUGCGUCUAAGCUCGUUUAUCCACGCUGGGAAAUACGAGGAACGUGGCGACGAAGCAUUAAACUUCUGAAUAAAGAUGACGCAUGACGCCUUCUAACAAUGUCUUGAUUCUUUCGGGCAUGACGUCAGCCAGCACAACACAAAAAUGGUUCCUACUUAGUUUUGAUUCGGAAAGCAAAGUGAUUUCUAACUUUAAAUGUGGCAUUUUUGGAAAAAUGAAGGGCUAAACUGGUAAACUGGCGACAGCUCCAAACAUGGAGGCGUGUGCAGAACCUGGACGCAGACUGCGUUCCGUCUGUAGGAGAAUGUACGACGAAAAUGAUGAUUUGUCAGAUGUGGAGGAAAUUGCCAAUGUCAGAGGGUUUAACGUAGAAGAAAAGCUUGUAAGCAAGACGUACAAUUCAAACUACGUCAAGUAUAUGGACGGAAAAGAUUUCACAUAUGAAUACGUGCAGAAGGAAGCGCUCAGGAGUCCCCUCGUCUUCAAAGUCAAAGAUGGAUUAGGACUGAGAAUGCCUGAUCCGGAUUUUACCGUCAGUGAAAUUAAGGGACUGGUCGGUAGCCGUCGGGCAGUGGACGUCAUGGACGCCAGUACGCAGAAGGGCUCGGAGAUGAGCAUGGCACAGUUUGUUCGUUACUACGAGACCCCUGAGGAGGAGCGGGAUAAGCUGUUCAACGUAAUCAGCCUGGAGUUCAGCCACACAAAGCUGGAGAACCUGAUAAAACGGCCCACAGUGGUGGAUCUGGUGGACUGGGUGGAUAAUGUGUGGCCCCCUCACCUGAAGGAGAGCCAGACUGAGGGGACGAACGUCGUCGCUGAGAUGAAGUACCCCAAAGUGCAGAAGUACUGUUUGAUGAGCGUGAAAGGCUGCUACACGGAUUUCCACAUCGACUUCGGAGGAACGUCUGUCUGGUACCAUGUACACAGGGGAGGAAAGGUGUUCUGGCUGAUCCCGCCCUUCCCUCAUAACCUGGUGCUGUAUCAGGACUGGGUUCUGUCGGGGAAGCAGAGCGACGUGUUCCUGGGUGACAGAGCUGACAGCUGCCAAAGGGUGGAGCUCAAACCGGGCUACACCUUCUUUAUCCCCUCAGGCUGGAUCCACGCCGUGUACACGCCGGAGGACACGCUGGUGUUCGGGGGAAACUUCCUGCACAGCUUCAACAUCCCCAUGCAGCUGAGCGUGCACGAGAUCGAAAACCGAACCAAGGUCAAUGCUAAGUUCCGUUACCCCUUCUUCUAUGAAAUGUGCUGGUACGUUUUGGAGCGGUAUGUGCACUGCCUAACUGGACGCUCUCACCUGAGUAAGGACUUCAGCAGGGACCCCUCCCUCAAAGACACAGAGAUGAAGGUGGAGAUUGAGGAUGACUCUGGUGAGAUGCAGACACAGGAGGGACUCUGGGACCCCCCGGCCCAAUCCAACAACACCAAUCUGCACACCAGCCCCGCCCCGGCUUCCGCCCCCCAGGAAUUUCCCAGAACACCCUCGCCCACUGUGGACCUCUCGGCCAGAUGGACCCACCUGACGCCGUUUGAGCUGAAAGGGCUCACGGUGCUGUUGGACAAGCUGGAGUCCCUCCCCGAAAACAAGAGGAAUGUCCCGCAGGGCAUCGACCAGCCCAACAGCCUGCUGCAGGACAUGAGGGUGGUCCUAAAAGAGCAUGCGAGAGAUGACCCCCGGCUGGCUCUCACCGGUGUCCCUGUGGUGUGCUGGCCCAAGAAGACCCUCAAGCGCCUGGCUAACCGGCCCAAGCUGAAGAUGGGGGGCUCGGGGGCGGCGGUGCGGCUGUCGGGCGGGCGCUCCACGUCGGGGGCGAGGAGACGCAGGACGCGCUGCCGGAAGUGCGAGGCGUGUCUGCGCACGGAGUGCGGCGAGUGCCACUUCUGCAAGGACAUGAAGAAGUUCGGAGGCCCGGGCCGCAUGAAGCAGUCCUGCAUCAUGAGGCAGUGCAUCGCGCCAGUGUUGCCCCACACGGCUGUGUGCCUGGUCUGUGGGGAGGCUGGGAAGGAGGACACCGUGGAUGAAGAGGAGGAUAAGUUCAACGUCAUGCUGAUGGAGUGUUCCAUCUGCAAUGAGAUCCUGCACCCCAGCUGCCUGAAGGUGAAGGAUGCUGGUGGCGUGAUCAAUGAGGAACUCCCCAACUGCUGGGAGUGUCCUAAGUGUAACCACGCAGGAAAGACAGGGAAAGCCAUGAAGCAGAAACGGGGCCCCGGGUUCAAGUACGCGUCCAACCUGCCGGGCUCCCUGCUGAAGGAGCAGCGGCCGGGCCGGGACAUCAAGGAGGAGCCCGACACGCCCCCUGCCCUGCCCUCUGCCCUGCCCCGCAGGAAGGGCGAGCGCGAGGACACGCCCAAACGCCGCCCCCCGCUCCUCACCCUGGAGGACCUGCCCCUGUCCCGACCCGAUGACAACCCACUGCGCAAGAAGAGGAAGCUCUUCUGCACCGACCUGGACCCCCCGCUGCAGAGGAAGCAGAGGAAGCUGGAUGACCCGCCCCUCCCCCAGCUGCUGCGGCAGAUCAAGAUGGAGGAGGAGGAGCAGGAGGAAGAGUUUGGGAGGACGCUGGAGGAGCGGGGGGCGGAGCACGUCCACAAGCAGGAGGAGGCGGACGAGGACAUGGAGGGACGGGAGGAAGAGGAGGAGAAGGAGGACAUGAGGAAGGCCAUGCUGCUCCGGACGGCCGCGGGCGAGGAGAGCGGCCAGUCGCAUCCCAGCUCCCCGCGGGCGGGGCCCAGCGGCGAGGGCGGCUGGGAGGCGCAGGAGAAGGGGCGGGGCCGGGCGCCGCGGCAGCGACGGCUGGCCAAUAAGGAGCUGAGCAAGGAGCUGAGCAAGCAGCUGAACCAGGAGAUCCAGAGGACGGAGCACAGCCUGGCGCAGGAGGCCUGUCCCCUGCUCAAACCCGAGCCUCCGGACGAGCCUCACCUCCUCCUGCUCAACGGCAGCGCCCCGCCCCCCCACGGCCCCGCCCCCUGCUGCUCCCCGCCCAGGGGCCUGCCCAUGGAGCGCCACGUGAUCAGGCCGCCGCCCAUCAGCCCGCCCCCGGACCAGCUGACCCUGGAGCGCGGCGACGCCCACCCCAUGCGCAGGGAGGGCUGGAUGGCCGUGUUUCACCACCUCACACACGCCGAGCUCUGCGUCUGCAUGCGGGUCUGCAAGACCUGGAACCGCUGGUGCUGUGAUAAGAGGCUGUGGUCCUCCAUCGAUCUGAACCGCUGUAAAUCCAUCACGCCUCUCAUGCUGAGUGGGAUUAUCCGGAGACAGCCGGCCUCCCUGGACCUGAGCUGGACCAACAUCUCCAAGAAGCAGCUGAGCUGGCUCAUCAACAGGCUUCCGGGGUUGAGGAUGCUGUACCUGGCGGGGUGCUCCUGGGUGGCGGUCUCGGCCCUCUGCACCUCCAGCUGCCCCCUGCUCCGCACCUUGGACCUGCAGUGGGUGGAGGGCCUGAAGGACGCCCAAAUGAGGGACCUGCUGUCCCCUCCCACUGACAACCGGCCAGGUCAGGUGGACAGUAGGAGUAAGCUGCGUAACGUGGUGGAUCUGCGGCUGGCGGGAUUGGACAUCACGGACGUUUCCCUGCAGCUGAUAAUCCGGUACAUGCCGCUGCUGUCCCGCCUGGACCUCAGCUACUGCAACCACAUCAGCGACCAGUCCAUCAACGUCCUUACCGCCGUGGGCACCACCACGCGCGACUCGCUCACCGACGUCAACCUGUCAGUUUGUAAUCGAGUCACUGACCAGUCCCUGAGCUUCUUCAAACGCUGUGGCAGCAUCUGCCACAUAGACCUGCGCUACUGCAAGCAGGUAACCAAGGCCGGCUGCCAGCAGUUCAUUGCGGAGAUGUCUGUUAGCGUGCAGUUCGGACUGCUGGAGGAGAAGCUCCUGCAGAAACUCUGCUAGUGUCUGGAGAGACCCCAGUGCACACAGGAAGAGGAAGAGGAAGAGGCACUGGAACAGGAACAGGAACAGGAUGGAAAAAGCCAUGAAUCCCAGAAGAACAGAAUGGGAAAGUCCAAAAAAAGUCAUUUCGGGAGACUGAACCCUAUUUUUGUUGUUUUGUUUGGGGGGGGGUUUGUUGACUUUAAAAAUGGGGAUGUUUAGUGUGUGAGUGAGUGUGUGUGAGUGUGUGUGAGUGUGUGUGAGUGUGUGUGAGUGUGUGUGAGUGUGUGUGAGUGUGUGUGAGUGUGUGUGUGUGAGUGUGAGUGAGUGUGAGUGAGUGUGAGUGAGUGUGAGUGUGAGUGAGUGAGUGAGUGUGAGUGAGUGAGUGAGUGUGAGUGAGUGAGUGAGUGAGUGAGUGAGUGAGUGUGAGUGUGAGUGAGUGUGAGUGAGUGUGAGUGAGUGUGAGUGAGUGUGAGUGAGUGUGAGUGAGUGUGUGUGAGAGAGUGUGAGAGUGAGUGAGUGAGUGUCUGAGGUUGUGCAUAUUAGUGAGUGUGAGUGUGUGCAUAUUAGUGAGUAUGAGAGUGUGUGUGUGUGGGCAUUGCCAGGGAAAAUGUGUGUGAAUGGCACUUGCUGCUAAAGCCAAGACCUGCGUGUGCUGUCGGACUCGGUUCUGGGGAGAGACCGUCACAGAACAUAUCGCUUUUCUUUUCUCAACGUCCUUCCAAUGUUUAAGUUAAGUUUUUUAAAAAUGUGUUUAAAAAAAAAAAAAAAGAACAAAAAAAAAAGACCACAGUUGGUGUUGUUUGUUAUUAUUAUUAUUAUUAUUAUUAUUUCCUUUUUUUUUUUUUUUUACUUUAUAGCAUACAUUUUGUUACCAUGCAAACCUCACAUUAUGCAGAGAUAUUUUUGUAUGAGAAAAUGCCCGGGUUAUCUGCAGUAUCAAACAGCGGUUUGACCGUAUUCAAUCUGCAUCACCGUUGGACUCUGGGCUGCACUGACCCCAGCAUUACCCAUGCAGCUGUGUGUUAAUGUUACUAUAGCAACAGCUGUAUGCGUCUGGUAUGGGAGUGCCCAACUGUCAGAACAAAGGUAUCCCCUUGUUUUCAUAUUUCACUAUGUAUAUUUUAACAUUCAGUCAAUUUCAAUGUCUUCAUACCUGGUAAUUCUGGGGAAGAAAAAAAACAAAACAAUUUGCACUGUUUGACAUGAAUAAAUUUAGAUAUUUUUUUCCCAAGUGUAUUAGAUAUUUAUACGGGGAGCUUUGUGGGGUCUCCAUGUUCUCAUCUCUGAUGUCUUCUGCGUAUUUGAGCCCUUGGAACUUUUCUUCCUCAGUGGAGAUCCAGGAGACACUCGGAUUGUGAGGAAUUUGAAUAAAAUCCUGCAUUUUCACGCCAGAUGUUGUACAUUGCCAUUGGGUUGGAGGGAGGAUGAGGGGUAAUUAGAGCAUGCUGUAUAUACGAACCACAUACCAAAACAAAUGUUUAAGCGGUGUAGUAAAAGGAAAAUAUUUUAGAUUGAGUUUAUAUGUUCUGAAAAUAUUGGGAUUUUAUUUUUCUUUUUUUUCUUUUUUACAUGUCAAAAAAUGUUGGUGUCACUUAUUGCCACUUUUUAUAUAUGUUGUGGUAUGCUGCAGAAAUUGUAUGUUGUAAAACGAUGUAUUUAUGCACUAUGUGUGCUGAAGUAUGCAUAUAUAAAAGUGGCAGUAAUUGUUUUGUUUUCAAUUAUGCAUCUUUUGACAUAAAUGGAAAAUAAAGACCUUGUUUUCUAUUGAAAAUAUA